AUGGGAAUUCUAGAUGAUCUAGAAGAGAAAUCAAAAAACUCGAAUUUCGGCGGAUCUACUGCCAGUAUUCCUUUUCAAAAUGACGAAUUUUAUAUUGCCGAGUUGUGCGAGCUAGAGAAAGAAUUUGGCGACGAGUUCUUUAUUGAUGUCAGUGUUGACGAACUGGAAGCGUUCAAUAGAAAAAGAGGGGAGAAAGUGGAGAAUGUUCGGCUGAUGGGGAAGAUUUUGACCGAAAUGGAUGACACGAAUGUCGAAUUCAGUGAUCCACAAGCCGAAGGAGCUGCAAACCUUGUCCGUGGAAUCUCAACUUACAUCGAUGAUCAUGCCGACAUUCCAGUCUAUUUGAGGACGUCAACAAGGACUGUUGCUGAAGAAGCUGUUUUCCAAACCUACGCCUUUCAAAACUUCCCCGACGUUGAUAUUAGCAGAUUCGUUUUCGACGGACAGCCGAUCGAAAUCAAGAGUCGAAUUUGCCCGCAUUCGGAGAAAAAGAAAGAAAUCGACAGAAUCGCAGAGCAAAAACGCGAAGAAGCAGAAGCCCGAAAAGCCGAGGAGAAAAAAGCAGAAGAAGCGGCGGCAAAGGCGGCCGAAGAAGCGAAACAAAAGAAAAAGCGGCCGGCGAUGGACGCAGCUUAUUUAAACAACUUGAAAGCAAUGAAAGUGCAGAUACCGUCAAAAGUCACCGUUCCAGAGCCGUUUCUCGGCAGCGCCACCACGAGAACUUCUUCUUCCAGCAGAUUUGGUUCCUCUUCUAUCAGGAGCUUGUCUUCCAGGUGA